AUGUGUUACGCAUACCAGAUCAUCGUUUUCCGAAGAGGAUACUUGUUUUGUGCCCACUUCAGUGUGAGACGAGCGGAGGGGUGGUCAUUCUUUAGCGUGAAUGAUACUACAAAACUUUGGGUGUUGUUAAUGCACCCCGCCUUCCAGGAUGUGGUCCGCACACAGAACUUUGGUGUCGAUAUCCCGAUGGAAAUCACUAUAGCCUAUUGUAAACUGGACGUCAUCGUCCUCCAGUCCGCUGCAGGAAAAGUUUUGGUAGCUCUGGUGCUGUUUGACUUCAAGGACGGGGUCCACGUAACCCUGUCUACACUUAACCGGAGACGUAGAACGAUAUGUCAAACAACCGAUGUCAGUAACGCUUACGCUGUCAGUUUCUGUUCAGGUUGCCUGACUGAGUGUUGGACGUGUUUGCUCGUCUGA